CUUACGAGAGAGUGGCCUUAUCUCUUCUCGUCUUUCUUCCGCUGCUGCAUCCCACAACACAAUGUUCGCAGCGGCGCCCUCCUCCUCCUACCUCAACCCCAAGCCCACCAUCCUCCCCUCCUCCCCUCGCACGCUAUCCCCGCCCCUCACAGCCGCCACUGCCUCUAACAGCCGCCGACCAGUCGUUAAAUGCCACCUGUCUUCGAAUUCCCCCUCUCCCCUUUCCCAAAACCCUAAACCCUCCUCCACUCCCCUCAAAACCCUCUCCAAAGCCCUCGCCGCCGGCUCCACCGUCACCCUCAUCUUCAAUUUGCGAUCUUUUGCUGGGAAUGGUAAUUCCGGCGGUGGCGGAGGUGGGUUUGGUGGCCGAGGUGGAGGGGGAGAUGGGUUCCGCGGCGGGGAUGAUGGGUUUGGUGGGUUUUUGAAGAGGCUGUUGUUUGGGUCGCAGACGGCCAUGGCGGACGAGCCACAGUCUCAAGAGUGGGAUUCGCAUGGGUUACCGGCCAACAUUGUUGUCCAGCUCAACAAGCUCAGUGGGUUCAAGAAAUACAAGGUCUCCGAGAUCUUGUUCUUCGAUCGGCGGCGGUGGAGCACCGUCGGCACCGAAGACUCAUUCUUCGAAAUGGUAUCCCUGAGACCCGGCGGCGUUUAUACCAAAGCCCAGUUGCAGAAGGAGCUCGAGACCUUAGCCAAUUGCGGGAUGUUCGAGAAGGUCGAUUUGGAAGGGAAGACGAACCCAGAUGGGACUCUGGGAGUGACGAUUUCGUUUACAGAGAGCACAUGGCAGUCGGCCGACAAGUUCCGAUGCAUCAAUGUGGGUCUGAUGGCGCAGUCGAAGCCAAUCGAAAUGGACCCGGAUAUGACCGAGAAGGAAAAGCUCGAGUAUUUUCGGAACCAGGAGAAGGAUUACAAGAGAAGGAUUGAUAGGGCAAGGCCGUGUUUGUUGCCGGCGCCUGUGCAGAGGGAGGUAUUGCUGAUGUUGAGAGAACAAGGGAAGGUGAGCGCAAGGCUGUUGCAGAAGAUUCGAGACCGGGUUCAGAAGUGGUACCAGGAUGAAGGGUAUGCUUGUGCACAGGUUGUGAAUUUUGGGAAUUUGAAUACCAAGGAGGUGGUUUGUGAGGUUGUGGAAGGGGAUAUCACUCAGCUGCUUAUUCAGUUCCAGGACAAGCUGGGGAAUUUCGUCGAAGGGAACACACAGAUCCCCGUGGUGAAGAGGGAAUUGCCUAGACAGCUUCGACCGGGUUAUGUUUUCAACAUAGAAGCAGGGAAACAAGCUCUGAGGAACAUAAAUUCCCUAGCUUUGUUUUCAAACAUUGAAGUGAACCCACGGCCUGACGAGAAGAACGAAGGAGGUAUAAUUGUUGAAAUAAAGCUUAAAGAACUAGAACAGAAGACAGCUGAACUUAACACGGAAUGGAACAUUGUUCCUGGACGUGGGGGUUAUCCGACUCUUGCUUCACUAGAGCCUGGUGGCACUGUUACAUUUGAACAUCGGAAUCUCGGUGGCCUGAAUAGAUCUAUUCUCGGGUCAAUAACCACCAGCAACUUCUUGAAUCCUCAGGAUGAUCUUGCUUUCAAGCUUGAGUAUGUACAUCCAUAUCUGGAUGGUGUGUACAAUCCCCGCAAUCGUGCUCUCCGUGUAAGCUGCUUCAACAGCCGAAAACUAAGUCCAGUCUUUACUGGUGGGCCAGGGGCCGAUGAAGUGCCACCUAUUUGGGUUGAUCGAGCUGGAGUUAAGGCUAAUAUAACAGAGAAUUUCACCCGUCAGAGCAAAUUCACCUAUGGACUUGUGGUGGAAGAGAUAACCACGCGUGAUGAACGCAGUCAUGUCUGUUCUAAUGGUCAAAGAGUGUUGCCAAAUGGAGGAGUAAGUGAAGAUGGACCUCCAACAACUCUCAGUGGUACAGGCAUUGACCGCGUGGCAUUUUUACAAUCAAAUAUCACUCGUGAUAACACUAAAUUUGUGAAUGGAGCUAUAGUUGGUCAGAGGAAUGUUUUUCAGGUUGACCAAGGUGUUGGCGUGGGCAGCAACUUUCCAUUCUUCAACCGUCACCAGCUAACAUUAACCAGAUUUUUCCAGCUGAAGGAAGUCGAGGAAGGUGCUGGUAAACCACCACCGCCUGUCCUUGUACUUCACGGACACUAUGGUGGCUGUAUAGGAGACCUUCCAAGUUAUGAUACAUUUACCCUUGGCGGUCCAUAUUCUGUGAGGGGUUACAACAUGGGCGAGAUAGGCGCAGCUAGAAACAUCCUUGAGCUUGCUGCUGAGCUACGGAUACCUGUGAAAGGUACACAUGUAUAUGCAUUUGCAGAACACGGAAAUGACCUAGGAACUUCCAAGGAAGUCAAGGGUAACCCAACAGAGGUAUACAGGCGAUUGGGUCACGGGUCAGCUUAUGGUGUUGGCGUAAAGUUAGGUUUAGUGAGAGCUGAGUAUGCCGUCGACCAUAACUCCGGCACAGGUGCAUUAUUCUUCCGUUUUGGCGAGAGGUUUUGAGAUGCGACUAGUUUUUAUCAGUUUUGUUGAUUUGGCCUUUACUUUUUCGAAGCAACAAUUUUAUAUUUAUGUCGGGAUUCAUUUCGAAUGGUUUGAGAAACGUAAAUUCAAGUUGAGUGAGAAUUGUUCUGUCGUUAUGCUUGUAUCUGACGCAGUUGGAACUAAUAAGAGGCACUGGAGAGUCAAGAUUACUAUUUUCAGUAAUCUAAAUCUGAUUGCUAUACAACCACUUGAUUUUCAUUA